AUUGAAGGCAACUGUACUCCGAGCAGUACAGAGCUAGCACUCUAUUGUUGUUAGCCUUUUAGCCAAACAAGUUGAGGUUCUCUAGAAGGAAAUGGCUACCUCUGUGACCAAAGAAGAAGAUCAAUUAGUGACACUAGAAGGUCCAAUAAACCUUCGCUGCAGAAAGUGCCGUAGAUGUCUAAGAGACUCAAGAAGCCUCCUUAAGGUAAUAACAUCAAGGGAGGCUGCAGCCACAUGCAGUGUGUGGCAUUUGAAUGUUGAAUCUUUGCCAGAUUGGAUUUUUGCAAGUGUUGAUCAGGCCAAUUGGACAGUGGGGAAAUUAAAAUGUCAGUACUGUGGAGCUCGCUUAGGAGGCUUUAAUUUUGUAAAUUGCUCCAAAUGCUCCUGUGGACAUGAUACGGCUGUGCAUCUCAGUAAGAGUCGUGUUGAUCAGGAUUUAAAACCUCCAGUUCUUUUGACAAGACUAGGAAGGACUAGAGAACAACCCGUGAGGAAGGAGAAUGAGGUGGAGUCUCUCCCUCAGACAAUAAACUCAUCCUCAUCUCCUUCCUCAGCCCUCAACUUCUCCUGUACUGUGUCCCGUGUAGCCUCUCCUGAAACUGAACUUGAGGUUGAGUCAAGUGAAGAACCACAGAUUCUUGAGAUUGUUGAGAGAGGCACAGAUUUUUAUUUACCUUAUGAACUGCCACCACAGCUGUCUGAUUAUCUGGAGAGCUUAGAGGAAUGGCAAGUGCAUUCCGCUUCCCAGAGCAGAACCUCUCUGGACAGAGCUGUGAAUCCAAAGGAGGUCAGAUUAAGAGUGAUGGAAGAGCCAUCAAGAAACAUCUCACCCAACCUAGAACCAAAGUAUUCCAAGAGAGAGAAAAACCGCCUGAAAAGCCUAAGAAGGAAGCAGAGGAAGAAGGAACGUUGGAUUCAGAGACAGCAGGAGGAAAAAGAUCUGGCUAUGAAAUGGGACUUAACGGGCAGCGAUGAUGAAGAGAGGGAGGGAUACACAUGUGCCGUGUGUUUAGACGUAUAUUACAGCCCUUACAAGUGCCAUCCUUGCAGUCAUGUGUUCUGUGAGCCCUGUUUGAGAACUCUGGCUAAGAACAGGCCAAGCAAUACCCUGUGUCCCCUCUGUAGGACCCUUAUAUCCCACGUGCUCUUUCAGGAAGAGCUCAGUCAAACUACAAAGACGUGCUUCCCAAAAGUGUAUCGGUCAAGACACGAGACCUUUCAGAAAACCAACUAUUCCAAAUGGCCCCUGCCCAACUGUCCAAAGCGUUUCCGCAUCUUUUGGGGAUUUCAGAGACAUGGAGGACCUGCCAGUCGCUGGCAAUUUCCCCACAGAGCAUUUGGCUUGGAUGCGUUGGAUCUGGGGGACAUGUGGGGCUGGCCAUUUGACAUUGACUUUAUCAUCAUCUCUAUCUACUCUCUGCACUGGGUGAUGGCGUUCAUCAUCUUUUGUGGCCUCUGCUACUUCCUCCUCCUCUGAUGUAUGGAGGAUGAAAUCUCACUUUGCUGUUGCUGGACAAAAAGUUGUUGACAGUGGACAUCUCAUCAAGUGCCUCAUACUUUUAUUUCAAUGUAGCUUCAAAUAUGAUGAAAUAUUAUUAAGAUGUUUUUCUUCCUGUGGAAAUAAUUUGUGUGUUUGUUUGUGGUUACGGUCUUACAGGGUUCGUGCAAUACAUAGAUAUAAAUAUCAUCUGCCUAUUUGACCUGUAAACAGUAUUAUAAUGCAGUAGAAAAGAGAAAAAGCAAUAAUUAAGGGUAUAAUGCUUUGUUCGUCUGUACACUUUAAUAAGCUGCCUCUUUUUUCAGUUGCUAUUACUUGGAGCAUUUAGAUGCUUGUCUAAUGCUAGAACCCAGGUUUCUUCCACUAAAAACAAUCUGUUGUACAGUGGAUUUAAUUGCUUCUUUUACACAGUAAAAUGUUUGAGAAAAUG